UCCGUAUAUUACAUUUUCAUUUUUGAUACACACUCUAGUCUAGUGUCAUUAUUCAUGUGUUCUAUAAAAAGACACUCCCCAUAUCAUUCUCCUUAAGCCUUAUCCACCCUCAAUCUCUUCCUUCCCAACAGUUCCACACGUUUUCUUUACUCCUCAAGCCCUUCAGUGCCAUUUUUUUCUAGAAAAAAACUGUUUCCAGUUUUAUUCAAUCCACAACUGAAAACAGAGGACUCUGUUUUUGUGCUGAGAAAACAAAAAAAUGGCUUCCCUUUAUGAUGUGCUUGGUAUUUCAGUGGGUGCAAGCUGCAUCGAAAUAAAGGCUGCUUACAGAAAGCUGGCAAGAACAUACCAUCCUGAUGUUGUGGCCAUGAAUCAGAAGGAAAGCUCAGCGAACCAAUUUAUGAUGAUCCAUUCAGCUUACUCAACUUUAUCUGACCCAGAGAAGCGAGCUCAAUAUGACAGAGAAAUCUAUAGAUACAGAAGAUCAGCAAAUAUGGAAGCAAGAAAUCAGACAUUUUCCUAUGCUGGAAGUGCAAGGAAAUGGGAAACAGACCAAUGUUGGUAGCAGAUCGUGUAAUCAUGUUACUCAUGUACAUUAUUAUUAUUAACCAUUUUGUUCUUUUUUUUCUUCUUUUCUUUUAAGUUUUUGUUAUGUCAUUCAUUUAUGUUAUCCUUCUUCACAAUAUUAUCCUAGACUGUAUAGUUCCACCAUACUUACUGGAUCUCCUGAUUCAAGCUUCAUGUGAUUUUAUGCCACGCUGAUUUGAUCCGAGA